UCAAAGGAACAGAAUGUAGACUGUGAUGAUGCAAAUUCGAGUAACAAUUCACUGAGAAGAAAAUUAUUUGCUUGUCAAGACGAGAGUACUGACAAUGAUAACGACAGUUUCACGUCAUUAUCACCGGUAAAAACAAGUAAAUCUAUGGUGUUAGUGUGCAGCCCUCCUCAAAGUGGUAUGUUUGUUCACGGUACUCCAUUAAAGAUGCUGCUACAAACUAGACGGCAAAGCAAUAGCUCCUCCGUACUAUCUGAAAAUUUAUCGCCUAAUAUCUCACCAAUACAUAACGCAGAAAACAAUAAGUUGUACAAAAGAAUUGAACAUUGCUCUAGUUUGGCUACUCGACUAAAUUUCGUGACAGAUAUGGACAUAAACGAUGCAGCCGAGAGAAAAAGUUCAAGUUCGAUUAAUGACCAUCAUUCGUUAGAUAUGUCUGAUAGCGAAAAUGACGUGAAAUGUACCGAAGAAAAUGGUAAAUGGAUAAUUAUAAAUAACGAUAGAACAAAUGCAUGUGAUUCUGUUAACAUGGAGGAAACAAAGAGUAUAAAUUCACCUGAUAAUACUGUGCACUCUAACGGUGUCGUACUUAAUGAUAAAGAAUAUAAUAAUGAGAUUAGUUUAAAAAUUGCAUCGGAAGUUACAAGUUUCUCGCGCAAAAGUCACAAACAGAGUAAUAUAAUGUCCGGUGCUUUCGAGCAGCAAAGUAUCUCAAAUUCUAUUCAAGACACUGGUUACCAAACUUGUAGCAUGAAUAGCAUGAUGCACACAAUAGAUAGUUACAAUACUUCCAUGAGCCAAAAAACUCUUUGGAAUGAAAGGAUAUUGACGUCCAGGGAUAUUGCUCAAUUAUCUUGGAAAGAAAAUAUGACGAACGUAUUUAGUUCUACACCUUCCAAAUAUAAUAAAGAAAGAGAAAGUGGAACUUAA